AAUGGGAACCUGACGGAAAUUCAAUAUUGAUCCCAUUUGUUCAUACUGUCGUUUCCUAUUUGGAAGUUGCAUGAUAAAUUGACAUAAAGCAUAUGCCUCAUAAUUUUUAUUUUAUGAAGCUUCAUUGUGAAUUAUUCAACAUUUCAUUUUGGAACUGAAAAAAUUUGUUUUAAUACGUAAUAAUAAUAUUAUAAUGAUUUUUUUGUAUUUCAAAAAAAAGAUUAUCAAAGUUCAACUUUUUAUAUUGAUAUUCAGUCAUUAAUGAGAGUUCAAGCAUUUCUGUGAUUUCAAGCAUUUCAUCUAAUAAACUCUUUCUGCUUCUCGUUUGUUGGUUUGGUAUUGGCUCUGCAUUAAUUUGUACCAAGUUGUAAAGCUCUUGGCUUUCAUUCGCACAAUUGCUACUUUUAAUUGCUGUAACCGGUGUUUCAGAAUCUCUUGUAAUUUUUAUUUUUUUUUUAAUUUUAGAGAUUUGAACUUCAGACAGAGCCUCAUAUAAUAUUGAAGAUAAUAUCAAUGCCAUUUGGCAAGAAUCUUCGCCUUUAAUUUAUCUUAUUCAAUGUCUUUCUGUUUGGACUCAAAACAUAUAUUUAACCAUUGUUUUGUUUUGCAGUUGGAUAAUGAAGUUGCUACUCCUAAUCUUAACUGCCGUGGGAUUAAUCUCACUUUCACUUGAAGUUGAGACUGAAAAGAUUGCUUCGCAAGACCAAAGAAAAGAGAAGAUUGGUUAUAUGCGCAACAGGAAGGACUAGCACGCACCUUUCUAAUGAACAACUUAAGCCUAAGUUGUGGACUUCCUGCUUUCUGCAGGCAACUUUGGAUUAUUUGGAGGGACAAGUUCACCUCAUAACUUCAUUCGCUAACAGUACAAAAAUUGUAAUUGGGUUUGCCUGCCUGCUGAAGUUACGGAAGAAUAAGUGAGCAUUCUCAAGUUCUUGAAUAUCUUGAAAAUGAUUGAGCCUAUGCAAUGCAUAGGAUAUUUGGUGAGGUUUCUUGCUUUCUGUCACUUGAUUUCUUUUAUCAGCUUCUCAACGGUUGAAGCUAGAACUCGCCACUACGAUUGGGAGGUUAACUACGAGUACAAGUCUCCUGAUUGCUACAAGAAACUGGCUAUUACCAUUAAUGGAAGAACACCAGGACCAACAAUCUUGGCACAGCAAGGUGAUACGAUUAUAGUUAAGCUUCAAAAUAAUCUGUUAACUGAGAAUGUUGCAAUUCACUGGCAUGGGAUCCGUCAGAUUGGAACUCCAUGGAGUGAUGGUACAGGAGGGUUCACUCAAUGUCCCAUUCAACCAGGAGAAAAAUUGAUUUAUAAAUUUGUUGUGGAUAGAGCAGGAACAUACACAUACCAUGGACAUUAUGGAAUGCAAAGAGAAGCUGGGUUAUAUGGAACCAUCAUCGUAUUGCUUCCUAAUGGGGUUUCCGAACCGUUCUCCUAUGAUUAUGAUCGAAACAUAAUCUUGAAUGAUUGGUAUCACAAGAGCAGUGAUGAACAAGCCACUGGCCUAUCUUCCAUUCCCUUUGUUUUCGUUGGCGAGCCACAGUCACUUCUUAUAAAUGGAAAAGGAAAAUACAACUGCUCUCUAUUGACUACUCCCGGAGCCUGCAAUGCAACAAAUCCUCAAUGUUCUCCUCAUGUGCUUACUGUUGUUCCAGGAAAAACGUAUCGAUUAAGGAUUGGUAGUUUAACUGCCCUAUCUGCUCUUAGUUUUGAAAUUGAGGGCCAUGAUAUAACUGUUGUAGAAGCAGAUGGAAGCUAUGUGGAACCAUUUGUGGUACGAAACCUCUACAUCUAUUCUGGUGAGACGUACUCUGUGUUAGUCAAAGCCAAUCAAGACCCUUCAAGAAACUAUUGGAUCACUAUAAAUGUGGUCAGUCGCAAACCUGCAACACCAACUGGUUUAGCCAUUUUCAAUUACUACCCAAACCAUCCUCAAAAGCCACCUCCAACAGUUCCAACCACAGGGCCUCUUUGGAAUGAUACCACUUCAAGGUUGGCUCAGAGUAUUGCCUUAAAGGCUCGCCAAGGUUUUAUUGACACCCCUCCCCUCACUUCAGACAGAGCGAUUGUUCUUCUCAACACACAAAACAAGAUUGAUGGUUACUAUAAAUGGGCUUUAAACAAUCUCUCUCUCACUUUCCCAACUACCCCAUAUCUUAUUGCUCUAAAAGAGAAUUUAACCGAUGCGUUCGAUCAAAACCCACCUCCUGAUGGAUAUGAUUUUGCAAGUUAUGAUAUAUACAGAGUUGCCAAAAAUGUUAAUGCUACUUCCAGCAACCGCAUAUACAGGCUACGGUUCAAUUCAACAGUAGACAUUAUACUACAAAAUGCUAAUACCAUGACUGUGAACAAUAGCGAGACACAUCCUUGGCAUCUUCAUGGGCAUGAGUUUUGGGUGCUGGGAUAUGGGAUGGGUAAAUAUAAUAUGUCCAGCGAUGGGAAAAAGUACAAUCUUGUAAAUCCAAUCAUGAAGAACACAGUGCCUCUUCAUCCUUAUGGAUGGACUGCUUUAAGGUUUCAAGCUAAUAAUCCAGGCGUUUGGGCUUUUCAUUGCCAUGUCGAGUCUCAUUUUUAUAUGGGUAUGGCAGUAGUAUUUGAAGAAGGGAUAGAAAAGGUGGGGAACUUGCCUUCAUCUAUUAUGGGUUGUGGAGAAACCAAAAGCUAUAACAGGCCCAGGCCAUAGUAAUUUGAAUAUCCGUAAUUGGAAGAACAUUAUGUAAUUUAUUACAUUGGCUGUGUUUUAACAAUUUAAUUCACGAUUGAGGGAGUGAAA